AUGGAAACGAAUUUAGCAGAACUACCGGUUCGUGUUUUUUGUGUCUUAUCUCAAGAGCUUGGAAAAGACAACCUAUGGAUCAAAGUUGUGGACUUCGAUCAGGAUCCUAUAUAUUCAAUGAAACAAAUUGAUAUAGAUACUUUUCUGAAACGAGAUAACUGUUGUGAUCAAGUUUUGCGAAGAUGGGGAAAUAGAGGACAAACGGUUGGGGACCUUCUGGCAAGACUGCAAUUACUUUCAAGAACAUAUGAAGAUGAAUUUGAUAUAGUUCAAUUUCAACUGCGGCGCAAAUUUAAGGUUCUAAGAUGGGUACCGUAUCCAGAAGAACAAGUAACAAUGACAUUUGAUGAACAAUUCAUCAGAUUAGAAUGUAAGGCUCAAGGGUUCCCAACUCCACAGAUAAAAUGGUAUACGAAUGAUUCGAAGGAACCUGUUCACACUGGAAGAGUCUACACUAUUCUGAGAUGUAAAUGCUCAACGGAACACCAAUAUAAAUGCGUGGCAAUCAAUCAAGUUCCAGAAGGAUUAUCGUUUUCUGAGCACUAUCGAAAGCCUGGAAAACUUUGGAAUUCAGUAUUGGAAUCAGAUUUCGUCGACGUCACUUCUUGUGUCAGAGAUGACGAAUUGUGUGAAUCAUGCAAGAACUUCGAAAUGGGCCGUCUUUCUCAAAUAUUGGCAGAAGACGAAAAAGUGGAGACAAAGACAGUUCCCGUCCGUCCAAAUCUUGAUGUGACUCUGAGAGCAGCUGAUAAAGUUGCACUUGUAAUGAGUAAUUGCUCGUACGUUCAUCUCCCUGAACUCAUUACUCCCCAUUGUGAUGCACAAACAUUGGCUGAUGCUUUACAGAAAAUGAACUACAAAACAGUGACAUUAGCUGAUCUCACACUCGACGAAAUGAGAUAUUUCAUUCGAGAAUACAAGAAAUUGAUUGGCGAUGGAGUAUACGCUGUAUUCUAUUUCGUGGGCCAUGGUUUUGAAGUGAAUGGACAAUGCUAUUUAUUGGGAGUGGAUGCUCCAGCAGAUGCUCAUCAACCACAACAUGCAAUGAGUAUGGAUUGGCUUCUCUCCAUAUUCCGUGAUAAACAACCUGCUUUGAAUCUACUUCUUCUCGAUGUCUGUAGGAAAUUCGUACCAUAUGACGCAAUCGGAGCUUUUGUUGAAUAUUCGGAACAAUUCAAAAAGUUUCAUCGAGCUCAUCGAAACAUGGUUUACGGAUACUCGACAAGUGGUGGAGUUGGAGCCUAUGAGGUGAAAGGAGAAGUGAAUGGAGUUUUUAUGAAGUAUUUGAAGAAUCAUGUUCAAUUGGAAAUAUCUGUUAUCGAUAUGCUCAAUAAGGUUCUAUUAGACAUUGGAGACGAUCAAAAAGUGUGUGACUUACAAGUUCCGGAGAUUCGAAGUACACUAACACAUCCGAGAAGUCUUGCUGAUCCUUUGAUAUUCGAUGGACACACUGCCUCAUUCGAUAAUCAUACAAUUCACUGGAGACUUAUGCAUGAACUUCCGAAUCCUGCAACAAUUCGGUUCGAAACUCAACAAUUGGUGUAUGUUCUCUCUUCGAUCGCAGAUUUUCGUCCUUCACAAGAGGAUAAUGAAGUGGAAGAGACUGAAGAAGCAAGUGAAAAUGCAUUGAAUCAUCGAGCUUUCGUUGAAUUUCCCGAAGAACUUCAUUGUUCCGAUGCGAAAGAAUAUUCAGAUGAUGAAGAAGGCGUUUCAAUGUAUUGGAUUCUAUCUGGAUUACAGAAAAUCAAAAAAGAAAAUGGAUUAUCGUGUGAAGUCCAUUUGAGACACGUCAACGAUUUGGAAAAGACAAUCGAAAAGAAACAUGUUGAUAUUGGUCAUAUUCUCAUCACUAGAAUCAAGUGUCUUCAAUAA